CCGACUUCCUGAAGCUGGUCUGAAGUCACACAGGGCAGGAAGAAGCCCUUCAUCAAGGAAAGGCAGAGGAAAGCUGGUUACUCUUUGCUGGGAUCACAAGGAUUGGACUGUUGAUGAUUGGACUAAGGUUCUCUUCAGGGAUGAAUCCAAUUUUCAGAACACUCCGGCCACCUCCAUUAGAUAAAGCUGAGCCUGAUUCCAGGACACGUGGAGGUGGGGUCUUUGUUUCUGGACCGUCAGGAAGCACAGCGUCACACGUUGGGUUCAUGUUUACUAAGCUGUAAACAGGCGGAUAAUAUCAGAAGCUGGAACAUUGGUGGAGCCGUCGCCGCCGGCAGCAUCAGUCCAGCUGUGAGUCCAGAGACAGCAUCAUGAGUCGCCUGCUGCUCGGAGUCGUGCUGCUGGGAAACCUGAGCGUCUGCGUCAAAGCACAAGUGACGCUCGCUCCGCCUGCCCAGGUAAAGUUCAACUCGACGGACUACAGAAACAUCCUGCACUGGACUCCAGCUCCCAGCAGCUCGUCACUGCAGUACGACGUCCAGUGGAAGAUAUACGGCGAGGCCGACUGGCUGGACGUGGACGGCUGUCAGGGUGUCCAGAAGCUCCACUGUGACCUCAGCGCUGUGACCUCUGAGCCCAGAGAGUGGUACUACGCCCGGGUACGAGCCUCCUCUGUGGCCUCCAGCAGCAAAUCAGGAUGGACUCUAUCACCCAGAUUCAGCCCCCGAUGGGACACUAAAAUCAGCCCUCCUGCACUGAAGCUGAACCUCACGGAGCAAAGCAUUGUGGUCCGAGUGAAGUCACCACGAACGCUGGUCCGGAAGCUGCACAGCAACCUGCACUACAAGAUCUACGUCACAAACACCAAUGGAAAGGAGGAGGUUUUUCAGAUAAACUGCUGCUCCAACAAGCUGACUCUGAAAAACCUUGACCACAACUCUAAAUACUGCCUCCAGGCUCAGACCGUCAUCCCCCUGCAGGCCAAGAGCAGCGCCAGGAGCUCGGAGAAAUGCGUCACUACGCUCUGAUCGCUCAGAAACACUGAAUGAGUGGAUUCAUCCGUCGCUACCUCGAGCUGCAGCCUCAAAUGCAUGUUACUGUUCAGCGCAUUCAACAUCUGUGCAGGUGUUUGACUCAAGAAGAGCAUUUUAAACAUUUUGCUCAUAGAAUAAAAUAAUCCAAACUCAAGAGCCGCUAACCCAGAGGUGUCAAAGUCAUCUUAGUUCAGGGGUCGCAUUCAGCCCAAUUUAAAAAAAAAACAACAAAAACAAGACAAAAUAUUACAAAAAUGAGACGCAACGACAAAAGCGAGAAACAAAACAACAAAAAAUGAGACAAAGGACACCAAACAAAAUAAAAGAAUAAACAAAAAAUUAGACCAAAAAUUUACAAAGUGACAAAAAAUGGACAAAUGAGACAAACAAUGACAAAAGCGAGAAACAAAAUGACAAAAAAUGAGAAACGACACCAAACAAAACAAAAAGAGACAAAAAAAUUAGACAAAAAAGUUACAAAGCGACAAAAAAUGGAUAAACGAGACAAAAAAUGACAAAAGUGUGAAACAAAACGACAAAAAACGAGACAAACGACAUGAAACAAAACAAAAAAACAGACAAAAAAGUUACAAAGCGACAAAAAAAAUGGACAAAGGAGACAAAAAAUGACAAAAGUGUGAAACAAAAUGACAAAAAAUUAGACAAAGGAAAUCAAACAAAACAAAAGAGAAAGAAUGAGACAAAAAAGUUACAAAAUGACAAAAAAUGGACAAACAAGACAAAAAAAUUACAAAAUCGACAAACAAAAUGACAAAAAAUGAGACAAAUGACAUGAAACAAAACAAAAAAUAAACAAAAAAUUAGACAAAGUUACAAAACAACUAAAAAAUGGACAAAGGAGAGAAAAAAUGACACAACCAUGAAACAAAACGACAAAAAUUGAGACAAACGACAUGAAACAAAACAAAAAAAUAAAGAAAAAAUUUGACAAAAAAUUUACAAGGCAGCAAAAAAUAUGGACAAACACACAAAAUGACAAACGUGAGAAACAAAACACAAAAAAGACGCAAAACAACAAAUGAAACAAAACACAAAAUGACAAAAAUGAGAAAAACAAAAGCAAGACAAAAAAGAAACAGAAUGACAAAAACAUGAGACAAAUGAUAAAAGUCAGACAAAAAACGACAAAAAGCAACAAAAACAAGACGGAAUAUUAUAAAAACGAGACACAAAAUGACAAAACAAAGAACAAUCAAUCUAGUAUUUUACUUUAUGAUCAAAAAAACUUGUCAUGAUUACUAUAAUUGUUUUAAAUUUGUAGUUUUACAAAUUUACAACCUGUUAAUGUCUUCUCUGUAAUUUUUACCCUUUGAGGGCCAGACUGGACCCUCUGGCGGCCGCUUUUGGCCUGCGGCCGCAGUUUGACACCCCUGCACUAACCUGAUGCAUCCUGGGAAAUGUAGUUCAAAGCUGGACUUAGUUUAGCCUGAGUAUGGAUUUUUUUUUCUUCUUUUGUCAUUUUUAUUUUGCUUUGUUUUUAUGUUUUCAUGCAGCACAGCACAUUCCUCCGAUGAAGUGUAAUUUUUAGUGUUUCUUGCCAUAUUUUUAUAAAAAAUAUUGACAUUAACAGCUACAAGAUGUCAGUCAUGGGUGCCAUUUACCAACAAUGAAGAUUUUCCUUUUAAUCAAAUUUAGAUUAGCCAUCUUAAAAAAAAAAAAGCUACUACUGGCUCUUUUUUGGAAUUUGUGCUCUUUAUUUAGUUCCUAUUCCUGUAAAACCUCUUGAUACCUCUGGAAACAUAUUCAGAUUUAGUACAAACAUUAUAAUAAUAAUAUUAAUAACUUUUUCAACACUAAGUUAACCCUCAGUCUGAUCUGUAUCUGAACCACCAGAGAGGAUCUAUAAACGUUUCUUCUUACUUUCUUUCUUCUUAAAAAGUGAAAAACUGCCAGAAUUCUGAGAUGUAUUGAGCCAAAUGUGUGUUGUGUUUUAUGCCACGUUACAAAUAAAAGCCACAGACACGGUUUACAACGA